AUGGAUGGAUGUUGGGUUCGUCCAUGGGUUGGAUCUUUGUGCCAUUAUGGCGAUGAGAGCCAGUCCCUCAUUGAGCAAUAUCUCUCGCACUACCCUCAUUACCAAGAGCCAAAUCAGACGGAACUUCCCCAGGUUGAAUUACAACUACGAUCAAUCAGUCGCCGCAUCCAUCAUAAUCCGUACUUGAUUGAGACGCGAAUUGCCAGAGCCGAGCUUCUCAUCAAGCUGAGGUUCCCAGAGCUGGCUGUAUCGGAUGCACACAAGGCCUUACUCCUGACCUGUCGAGCAACUCAGGACACGUGGCCUGGUCGGAGCUGUUACGACCUCUACAUACUCAAACGUGAGACGUCCCUUCUAUUGGGCCAAGCUCUGUUCCUCGCCCGGUGCUUUGUCGAGUGCCUAGAUCUCCUCCUGGGCAUCUCACAACAAAACUACGUGCUCUAUGGUCCGAAAAAGGAGGAUUACGAUACACUGACCAAGUCUACAAGACGCGCACUACGCUUGGAACGCCAACAUCAUUGGCAAGACAAUAGCUUUAGAGAGGCAGAGAAAGAGUAUCAAGAUGAAUUGCUCUCGAAAGGAGAAAUCAAGUUGGUGCCAUACCCAUGGAUACCAGACCUUCUAUUUCGCCGCACGAUGUCAACGAUCGAGGAUGCAAAAUCGGAGCUCCAAAGACUCUCAAACGGUCGUGUCACCAUAGAAGAGACUCAACUACGGGAAAGACUGCAACACGGUGGCCAGCUAACGUUAGAUCAAGAUGCAUACGGCCUGUUUGCCAUGGCUGACAUAGCAGCAGGAUCAAAGCUAUUCGUGGAUCGCACAGUAAUCUGUGCAAACAGUGGCUCGUCUCGCUGUCCCGCAUGCUGUGCGGACCUGACUGGUAAUCGUUCUACCUUCUGGGCAUCAGAAGAACUGUUCUGCGACGCUGCCUGUGCAGGAAGGCUGAACGCAGUGUGCCAACUCGGCGCAUUGUACCAAUGGAGCGGAUACUACCAACGAACACACAGCCGUCUGAGCCAGCCCCCCAAAGAUGAAGAUCAGGCGCUGUUCUUUCGGGUACUCGCCGCCGUACACAAGCAUACACGAGAUCAUUCUUCCGGCCACCCCCUUGAGUCCUGGCCCAUCAAUCGUUUGACAGCAGGCUACCAUUCCGGUGCCACGAGAGCGUGGUCGUAUACUGACGACGUUUGUGCACCACUGGAGGUCCUGGAGAAGCUCGGCGGUGAUAUAUUCGAGGACAGUCUUUCUGAGGGGUGGGUGCUUGAGACUAUUUCCAAUCGUAUCGCCACGAAUGCUCGGGGGCUCGAAUCGAAUGAGGAUCAAAUCGCAGCAAUCAAUCCGCUUUACAGCUUUUUCAACCACAGCUGUAGACCCAAUGUCGCAGCACUCGAUGACGAGAUGAACGGAACAAGUUCUGUGCGAAUAGUAGCAAGAAAGGAUAUUGCUAGAGGGUCAGAGUUGUUUAUCAGCUAUCUAUCGAACGAAGAGCUGCGGACAAGCUAUGAAAACAGGAAGCAACUCUUGAGCGCAUGGACUGGCGGGGACUGUCAGUGUAUGAGGUGUGCCCAUCGACGAGAGCGUCCGGACUCCAACGCGGCUUGCGUUCAGGAAGAACCUGAAUGUGAUGAUUCUAAUAAGGCAAUUGCAAAUGACAGCGAGGAAGAGGAAGAAGCUGUCAUGACCAACAGCGAGGAUAGUGACGAUGAAUCGGAUGAGACAAGCAUGGAGUUUUAG